UUGGAUGUAGAACAGUAUAGUAUAUACGUUGAAAAUGGCAAUGUGAAUCCUCCGUAAAAAUUACACUAAAGGCCUUUGCACAAUCCUAGACAACAGAAUCUAACUCUUAUUCACUCUCUGCUGUGUUAUAUUUAUACCAUGCCAUUCGUCGAGUUACGAAUCAGCUGACAAUAUUCAGUUCGUGUAGUUAACGAAUGAGACGCAAGCAGCAGCACAUAAUUGUCAUCACGUGAGGAGUCACAAUGUUUUCUGCUGAUUUUGUCGUCGGCGAGCAGUAUCAUUCAGCGAGCGAGAAAUUCUUGUAAAGUUCGAAAAGCGCCGAUCUGGCAAUUGGCCGAGUCAACGAUAUUGACGACAACGUAACGAAUCUCCGAACGAUUUCCCGCUGGUGACAAACAUGAUAGUAGCAGGUGGUUGGGAAAAAUCAGCUUGUGUUUAUUGAGAUUAAUAUAUUUUUGUAUAUUGAAAAGUUAUUUAUAAAAAAGAUAUAUUAGUUAAAAUGACAGAAUACUGGCUAAUAUCGGCACCAGGAGAUAAAACCUGUCAGCAAACAUGGGAAACUAUGAACAAUUUAACAUCUAAGCAGCAUUCUUUGUCAGUGAAUUACAAAUUUCACAUUCCGGAUCUAAAAGUUGGAACAUUGGAUCAAUUAGUUGGCUUAUCGGAUGAUCUUGGCAAACUUGAUGGAUAUGUGGAGCAAGUUACACGUAAAGUGGCAACGUAUCUGGGCGAAGUUUUGGAGGAUCAGAGAGACAAAUUGCAUGAAAAUUUGAUGGCUAAUAACAGUGAUCUGCCAUCAUAUAUAACUCGAUUCCAGUGGGAUAUGGCUAAAUAUCCCAUCAAACAAUCUUUGAGAAACAUCGCAGACAUUAUCAGUAAACAAGUGGGACAAAUUGAUGCUGAUCUGAAAACUAAAUCCACAAUGUACAAUAAUCUGAAAGGCAGUUUACAAAAUCUUGAAAAAAAGCAGACGGGAAGUUUACUAACACGCAAUUUAGCAGAUUUAGUGAAAAAGGAACAUUUUAUCUUGGACAGCGAAUAUCUAACUACUUUGCUUGUGAUUGUACCAAGAUCCAACUUUCAGGAUUGGUACAGUUGUUACGAAAAACUAACAGACAUGAUUGUACCGCGUAGUACUCAACUUAUUACUCAAGACUCAGAAUAUGGGUUAUUUACAAUCACUUUAUUUAAAAAAGUAAUGGACGAAUUUAAAUUACAUGCUCGUGAGAAAAAAUUUAUUGUACGAGAUUUUAUAUAUAAUGAAGAAGAACUAGCAGCAGGAAAAAAUGAAAUUACAAAGUUGGUUACUGAUAAGAAAAAACAAUUCGGACCCCUUGUUCGCUGGUUGAAAGUGAAUUUUAGUGAAUGUUUUUGUGCUUGGAUCCAUGUCAAAGCUUUACGUGUAUUUGUUGAAUCUGUUCUUAGAUAUGGCCUACCUGUAAAUUUCCAAGCAAUAUUGUUACAUCCGCAUAAAAAAUGUGCGAGAAGAUUACGUGACGUUUUAAAUCAGCUUUAUGCUCAUUUAGAUUCAUCUGCUACAGGUACACCAGCGCAACAUAAUCAAGAUAAUUUGGAUAUACCAGGACUAGGUUUUGGCCAAAGCGAUUAUUUCCCAUAUGUGUAUUACAAGAUCAAUGUAGAUAUGGUUGAUAACAAGGUCUAAUUAGAAGGUCUAAUUUUACUUUUCUUUUCCCGAACACUUCCAUUUAUUUGUGAAGGUGACAUUUUUAUUAUAUCAAGAAUAAGUAACAGUGCGUACAAAUUCCUCGCCCAUAUUAAAAAGACAAUAUAUUUCCAGAAACUUUCGAUUUUGUUUUAACUUUAUGUAUUUAUAAUUGCAAUU